AUGUCUUCCCGCCAUAGCGUCUCGCUGGAGGAGAAGGAGAAGGCGUCUGUCGGCGACUCGACAGAUGCCGUUGAACUCACGGGGCGCCCGGACGACGCGGCCAUCGUCAAGAGCUAUGGUCGCUUUGGUCCUAUCGUCGAGCGGCUUUUUGCCCAUGGCGUCGAGAUGAGAGGGGUCGAGCGCGUGCUCGAGCAUGAGCGGUCAACGAAGAACCAAUACAACAACUUCUUGAUGUGGUGUUCCGUCAAUUGUGUACUAACGACGAUUCCGAUUGGUAUCUUGGCUCAGGAAUACUACACUUUGACCCUCCCUCACGCCAUUGCUACCAUUAUGUGUUUCGGUGCUCUGGGUGCUCUUACAGUGGCAUUCACCAGCACUCUCGGACCCAAGACUGGCCUCCGGACUAUGAUCAUCACCCGAUAUAGCUCAGGCUAUGCAGGUGGGAUCAUUUACUCCAUUCUGAACAUCCUCACGCAGCUUGGCUUCUCUGUGACUGCAGUCAUCCUUGGCGGCGAGACGCUCGCAUCCAUCAAUCCAGGGACACUCCCGCUCGUGGUCGGUAUCAUCAUUGUUGCCGUGUGCAGUUUGGUACCCUGCUUCAUCGGCUAUGAGAUGGUCCACAUAUACGAGCGGUAUGCGUGGAUUAUCAUGUCCAUCGUAAUGCUAUUUCUGUGGGGCCUCGGAGGGCAUGCUGGCUUUGAUAUAAAGACGCAGAAGGUUCAUGAAGAUACCGGUCGGGCCCUUUCCUCAAACAUUCUGAGCUUUGGCGGCAUCAUAUUCGGUUCGUUCUCUGGGUGGGCACCCGUUGCUGCAGAUUACAAUUGUAGGCUCCCCGCGGAGACAUCCAGCGUCAAGGUGUUCCUUCUCACCUUCUUCGGGCUAUUCAUUCCAAUAUGCUUCGUCGAGAUCCUUGGUGCAGCUCUUAUGACGAUUGGUGAUCCUGCCUUCGCAGACGUCAUCGAAGCGGGCGAUACUGGUGGCAUUCUCUCCCAAACGCUCUCGCCUUGGAAAGGGGGAGGAAAAUUCAUCCUCGUCCUCCUCGCCUUUUCUGUUGUUGCGAACAACAUACCGAACACCUACUCUGCUGGAAUCUCCGUCCAGGCACUCGGACGACCUUUUGCGGCAGUCCCACGAUUCAUCUGGGUGUUUCUCGCGUUCGUUACAUACACCGUUGCAGGCGUUGCAGGCCGCGAGCAUUUUUCUGCAAUCCUGUCAAAUUUCCUUAGCAUACUAAGCUACUGGACGGCAUUCUUCAUCGUUAUUGUUGCCGAGGAGCACUUUAUCUUCAGGAGGAAGAAUGGCCCGCUUGGUGGUUACAACCUAGAUGAUUACGAUACGCCAAGCAAGCUCCCUCUCGGUGUUGCUGGCAUCCUGGCGGGAUGUUGCGGUGUCGCAGGGGCUGUCAUUGGAAUGUGCCAGGUGUGGUACACAGGGCCGCUUGGGAAGGCCGCCGGCACUCCUACCUACGGCGCCGACUUGGGCUUCGAGCUUGCCGCUGGUUUUGCAGCAGUGACCUUCCCUCCAUUACGAUGGUUGGAAAUACAUUUCACAGGAAGGUAA